AUGGGAUUGAUGAGGUUGAUCCGAGCUCCAUUGGUUAUCAAUCGUUCACGUACAGCCCUAUACCUCAUAAGGCCGUAUUCGAAGAAAACCGAUCCUACUCCUAAGUGGUUCUAUUGUUCUGACGCUCCCUUGACGAGACCUGAAUGGUUUGAGUAUACAGAUGAUGAAAAACCGAAAAAAUUCAUUCCCUUCUCUGAACAUGACGAGAAAAAGCUAGAGAAAGCGUACAGACAGAAAGCAAGUUCUGUGGAGGUGAAGGAAGAUCGUUUGUUUGAAGUAGAUCUAAAUGAUAUGGUUCUCUCUCCUGUUUAUUGGGAGGGUCCCACAUACGAAGUGAGAAGAGGAAUUUGGUUUCAAAGCGAUGGAACGCCGCUCUCAAGUAAAGUGGCGAAGAAGAUCGAGGAAAAUUACCUUCGUCGACGCCCUACUUUGCAUACCAACGAGGAUAAAUCGUCCAAUGGUAAGCAGUCCAAGGAUGCGGUUGCAAAAUUCAAUAAGGAGAUUAAGGAGCUUAAGGACAAGGUUUCCUCUGACACAAUAGACUUCUCAAAAGAGAAAGAUGUUGCUGAGUUAGGAGAUGGCGAAGCUGUAAUAUAUUUUGACAAGACUCAGGCAGCCUUGUUUCCCUCCGGCAUCAAUACUUUGCAGUUGGACGUCAUUCGCAAGUUGGGGUCAAAAAGCGGGACACUAAUGGGUGUGACUUCAAUCCAGCGAGGCUUCUCUGAUGAUCUCAACUCAAGUAUCAUCGACAGUAUCAAAUCUCCACCAGUGCCUUCGUUGACGGACAUUUUCCUGAAAGAGGUGUCGAACCUAUUCUCCCUGCAAAAGCUGCAAGACAGCAUUUCGGCUCAGAAUAUCAAGGAGGAUGAAAUGCUUCAGUCUGUGAUGGAGUCUGAUUUUGAGGAUUUGAAGACGACUAGGGAAACUGAUAGACAAAUCGAUCAUCUCAUGCUAUGUGUUCAUGGUAUCGGUCAAAUCUUGGGACACAAGUAUGAGUCUGUAAAUUUCACUCACAGCACCAACGUAUUGAGAUCUACAAUGAAGGAAGUAUAUGAAAAUGAAGACAAGUACAAAAGGCUUGCCCAUGGGGAUUCUUUCGACGAAAAUAACAAGCAGCAUGCCUCAAACAAUAGGAUUCAAACCCUUCCUAUUACUUGGAGACACAAGGUAUUGUUUCACCCCAGAAAACGUAUAGAUGAUUCGGGAAACCUUGGAGACAAGCGACUCCCCAGUUUAUCUGACAUUAAUGUGGAUGGGGUGAAACCUCUUAGAAACAUUGUUGGUGAUGUUAUCCUUGACGUACUUCUCUACUACGAACCAAAGUUCAGAAACCAGAUUUUAAAAAUUGUAACCGAGGAGCUCAAUAGAGUGUACAGACUUUACAAAGAGAGGAAUCCGGACUUUAAUGGAAAGAUCCACAUUUUGGGUCAUUCUUUGGGAUCUGCAAUUGUCUUCGACUUGGUGUCAAUGCAAAGAGAGGGAGACCAUGAGUAUAAAUUAGAUUUUGAUGUCGAAAACCUCUUUUGUGUGGGUUCCCCUGUCGGUAUGUUCAAGUUGCUUCAAAGAAAGAACAUCGUAUCGAGGUUGAGCGUUCACGAUGACUUUGAUCCACUGAAUGAUGAGCUCAAAAUGACAUCGCCCAAAUGCAAAAAUUUAUAUAACUUGUUUCAUCCGUGUGACCCAAUUGGUUAUCGAAUGGAACCUCUUGUGAAGCCAGAAUUCUCCAAUAUGAAGCCCGAAGAAGUCCCCUUCGCAUUGAACGGUUUCAAUACGCAAAUAAAGAGUUUGACAACUUUUGGGGAUGAAGUGCAACAAAAAAUAUUCUCUAAUUGGUUUGGAUCUAAAAAGAACGGGAAAGCUCUUAAAGAAGUCAAAGAUGGAGAACCAAAGGCCUCCAUUGCAAAUGAGAACGCCUUGGGCGAUAUCAUCACGACCUUAGCAAGUCCGAUCUCUAAUGGCAAGAGCGACACCGAAGAUGAGGAAGUAACAGAUAAAUAUCUUUCCAGAAGCGAUGUGAAUCUAUUAACGGAGUUGAACCGUACCGGGAGGAUUGACUACUCAUUGCCAACUGGAGUUUUUAGCAUUGCGCUCAUAUCAGCAAUUAGUGCACAUGUGUCAUACUUCGAAGACUAUGAUACCGCAGGUUUUGUUAUGAAGGAAAUCCUUUCUUGUUCGAGCAAUCCUGUUGACACUAAGAAGGUUCAAGUAUAUAAAGAUUUAUAG